AUGGACUCCUACAACAGUUCGAGCGAGCCAGCUCCACCAAGGCCAAGGAGCCACACCACUUCGAGGAAGAAGAGAAGAGGAAAGGAGCCGCAAGCUCGAUCGAGUGAGGAAGUCGAGUGGAGUGCUCCUGAUGGCCGUCUCCAUCUCCAGACCACGACCUUGCCUCCCAGUUCUUUGGGGGGCACUGAGGCUAAGUUUGGGGGUGCCAACUCGAGCUCGAUCGAGUUGGGUGUAAAAACCAGAAAAGUGGUCUUUUGGAGCAUUCUGGAGCAUAUGGGACGUGAGGAGCAUGGAGGACUUGGCAUGGACGCAGCUCAACUGGACACGCAAAGGAAGAAGGAGGAAGUCAUCUUGAAGUCGAGCUCGACCGGCCAAGCUUCAACUCGAUCGAGCUGA